AAAAUAAGUCCGGAAAACACGAGCUCCAUUUCCUUUCUUUUCUAAAAUUUUACGUUACGUUGAGCGAGUUCACGUUUCGUGUCGUUUUGACUUAAAAAAUGCGUUACGUGGCCGCUUAUCUCUUAGCUGUCCUUGGUGGCAAAGAUGCUCCAAGUCAAACUGACAUUGAAAAGAUCUUGUCUUCAGUUGGUAUUGAAGCAGAUGCUGAAAAACUCAAGAAAGUACUUUCUGAGUUAAAAGGAAAAUCCAUUGAUGAUUUAAUCGCUCAAGGUCGUGAAAAAUUAUCUGCAAUGCCCGUUGGCGGUGGUGCUGCAGCUGCAGCUGCUGCUCCUGGUGCCGCUGCAAGUGGAGCACCAGCAGCCGAAGAAAAGAAAGAAGACAAGAAACCGGCUAAAGAAGAAUCUGAAUCUGAUGAUGAUGACAUGGGCUUCGGUCUCUUUGACUAAAAAGAAUUGGCCAUCAGUACAAAAGAAACAAUUUUAAAAAUGUAAUUUACAUUGAUGUAUGGUUGUUUUAUUUAUUACUGAUGAAUAAACAAUUUUUUACCAUUUA